UGGUGUCGGCGCCCCAGCACCGGAUAGCGACUGGGAGGCGCCGCACUUCCGGCACUUCCUGCGCAUCCGUUGCUGGGGCUGCUUGUCAGGACUCCGCAGACAUGUCGGGGUUUAGCCCAGAGCUCAUCGACUACCUGGAAGGAAAGAUCUCCUUUGAGGAGUUCGAAAGGCGGAGAGAAGAGAGAAAAACGCGCGAGAAGAAAAGUCUUCAGGAAAAAGGAAAGUUAUCAGCUGAUGAAAGUCCAAAUGACUCUGAAGUUCCAUCCUCAUCGAGAAAAGAUUCUACGAAAUCCCAGGACAAAGAUGUCAAUGAAGGAGAAACAUCGGAUGGAGUCAGUAAGUCAGUUCACAGAGUCUUUGCUUCCAUGCUUGGAGAAAAUGAAGAUGACGAGGAGGAAGAGGAGGAGGAAGAGGAAGCACCUGAGCAGCCCAGUGCGGGUGAUGUGUUUGUAUUGGAGAUGGUUCUUAACCGUGAAACCAAGAAAAUGAUGAAAGAGAAGAGGCCUCGGAGUAAACUUCCCAGAGCUCUGAGAGGUCUCAUGGGUGAAGCCAACAUUCGCUUUGCUCGAGGAGAACGUGAAGAGGCAAUAUUGAUGUGCAUGGAAAUCCUAAGACAAGCUCCUCUGGCUUAUGAGCCAUUUUCUACUCUUGCCAUGAUAUAUGAGGACCAAGGCGACAUGGAGAAAUCCUUGCAGUUUGAGUUAAUUGCUGCACAUUUAAAUCCCAGUGAUACUGAAGAAUGGGUUAGAUUGGCAGAAAUGUCUCUGGAACAAGAUAAUAUUAAGCAGGCUAUUUUUUGCUACACAAAAGCUCUUAAAUAUGAACCUUCGAAUGUCCGUUAUUUGUGGGAGCGGUCAAGCCUCUAUGAACAGAUGGGAGAUCAUAAAAUGGCAAUGGAUGGUUAUAGGCGUAUUUUAAACCUAUUGUCUCCAUCUGAUGGAGAACACUUCAUGCAGUUGGCUAGAGAUAUGGCAAAGAGUUACUAUGAAGCCAAUGAUGUUCCCUCGGCUAUUAACGUAAUUGAAGAAGCUUUCUCAAAACACCAGGCCCUUGUCUCCAUGGAGGAUGUUAACAUAGCAGCUGAGCUGUACAUUUCUAACAAACAAUAUGACAGAGCUUUGGAGGUAAUUACGGAUUUUUCUGGAAUUGUGCUGGAAAAGAAAACUACAGAAGAAGGCGCUCCAGAAGAGAAUAAAGGUUGUAGUAUGACUAAUGAGAAUGUUACCUGCACUAUCCCUGAUGGCGUACCGAUAGACAUCACAGUGAAGCUGAUGGUCUGCCUUGUACAUCUCAAUAUCCUCGAACCACUUAAUCCUCUCCUGACAACACUAGUGGAACAGAAUCCUGAAGAUAUGGGAGACCUCUAUCUAGAUGUUGCUGAGGCUUUUCUGGAUGUUGGUGAAUAUAAUUCUGCACUUCCUCUCCUCAGUGCAUUGGUUUGCUCUGAAAGAUACAACCUUGCAGUAGUUUGGCUUCGGCAUGCAGAAUGUUUAAAGGCCUUAGGCUAUAUGGAGCGAGCUGCCGAAAGCUAUGAGAAAGUGGUUGAUCUGGCCCCCCUCCAUUUGGAUGCAAGAAUUUCACUUUCCACACUUCAGCAGCAGCUGGGCCGCCCUGAGAAAGCCCUGGAGGCUCUGGAACCAAUGUAUGAUCCAGACACGUUAGCACAAGAUGCAAAUGCUGCACAGCAGGAACUCAAGUUACUGCUUCAUCGUUCUACUCUGUUGUUUUCACAAGGCAAAAUGUAUGGUUAUGUGGAUACCUUACUUACCAUGUUAGCCAUGCUUUUAAAGGUAGCAAUGAAUAGAGCCCAAGUCUGUUUGAUAUCCAGUUCCAAAUCUGGAGAGAGGCAUCUCUACCUUAUUAAAGUGUCAAGAGACAAAAUAUCAGACAGCAAUGAACAAGAGACAGCAAAUUGUGAUGCCAAAGCAAUAUUUGCCGUACUCACGAGUGUCUUGACAAAAGAUGACUGGUGGAACCUUCUGUUGAAGGCUAUAUACUCCUUAUGUGACCUAUCCCGAUUUCAGGAGGCUGAGUUACUUGUGGAUUCUUCUUUGGAAUAUUAUUCAUUUUAUGAUGACAGGCAAAAACGCAAAGAGCUGGAAUACUUUGGUCUCUCUGCAGCAAUUCUGGACAGAAAUUUCAGAAAGGCAUACAACUAUAUCAGGAUAAUGGUCAUGGAAAAUGUCAAUAAACCCCAGCUCUGGAACAUUUUCAAUCAAGUUACCAUGCUCUCCCAAGAUGUACGCCAUCAUCGCUUCUGUCUCCAUUUAAUGCUGAAAAACCCAGAUAAUCAUGCCCUGUGUGUCUUGAAUGGACAUAAUGCAUUCGUAUCUGGUAGUUUUAAGCAUGUGCUUGGACAGUAUGUGCAAGCCUUUCGCACCCAUCCCCACGAACCUCUCUAUAGCCUCUGUAUAGGCCUAACCUUUAUUCACAUGGCAUCUCAGAAGUAUGUAUUAAGAAGACAUGCUCUAAUUGUGCAGGGCUUUUCCUUUCUUAAUCGUUACCUCGGUCUGCGUGGGCCUUGUCAGGAAUCAUUCUACAAUUUGGGCCGUGGCCUUCACCAACUAGGGCUGAUCCACCUUGCAAUCCACUAUUAUCAGAAAGCCCUGGAGCUGCCUCCACUUGCGGCAGAGGGUAUAGAAGUUGACCAGUUAGACUUACGAAGAGAUAUUGCCUACAAUUUAUCUCUUAUUUAUUAGAGCAGCGGGAAUAUUGGAAUGGCUCAAAAACUUUUGUAUACCUAUUGCUCUAUAUAAUGCACCUCACCUGAGAAAGGAGUACUAGGUAGCUACUGUGCAUGGACCAAUAUUUUAUGUCUCAGGGCUUAUUAACCCUAAAAUGGAAAUGAAAAUUUCAUAAUUAUCUAUUGUAUAUUUCAUUUUUAAUGUGUAAUUAUGAUCUUUUGGUAGAUAUGUAAAAUUAUCAUUCCUACAAGAAUUUGUAUAUUGUUCUGUCAUUCUCCUUUAGCAUUUUUUUAGUGAAAUUGUCCUCAGAGAGGUGAAAUGGAUAAUAUUAGCCUUUAAGCCAGCUUAGAGUUGAAGACACUUAAUUUUUACUGUAUGAAUAAAAAAAUUUGUUCAUCUGUG